GGAGUCAUGUGUGUGGCUACCCGCUGGACUGACUUUCGAGGGAAGAGGCAGCUGUUGCAGAGUUAUUGAAUGUGCAUCUGCUGCUAUUGUUCACACUUACUUUAGAUGGUAUCGUUCUGGGCAGCGCAAUGAUCACUACCAAGCUGUUGACCCUGGUCAUGGUGGUACAGCCUCAGCGGGUUCUCCUGGGCAUGAAGAAGCGUGGUUUUGGCGCAGGGAAGUGGAACGGCUUUGGGGGCAAAGUUCAGCCGGGAGAGACAAUCGAGCAAGCAGCGAAGCGGGAGUUGCUGGAGGAGAGCAGCCUAACAGCUGACACCCUCGAGAAGAUUGGAGAAAUCAAAUUCGAGUUUGUCGGAGAAACGGAACUGCUGGAUGUUCAUAUUUUCAGGGCUGACAGCUUCCACGGAGAGCCAGCCGAAUCGGAUGAAAUGCGACCACAGUGGUUUGACCGGGACAGAAUCCCCUUUGAUCAGAUGUGGCCAGAUGACAUUUUGUGGUUCCCUCUGAUGCUGCAAAAGAAGAAGUUUUUGGGCUAUUUUAAGUUUCAAGGACAUGACAUAAUUCUCGAGCACAAAUUGGAAGAAGUGCAAAGCUUGUAAAAUAAUCUGGAUAAUGGGACCAUGGGACCUUAAAGGACUUGGAUACCUUCUGGUAGAUGGUUCUCUUGUCAAGAUAUAAAAUCUCCUUAUGUAUACUGUACCAUAACGGUUGAUAAGACAUUAAGGUUAAAUAUACUUUUGGGUUUUAGUCUUGCGUCCUGUAACUGGCAUAGAUUCAGGGUUAAACAGCUGAUCUGUCCUUUCUUGGUUGUUGCAUUCCAGGGCUCUUCACAAAGUUUAAUUCUGUGUUUGAAGUCACAAACCUUUUCCAAACAGUUUCAUGAAGUUUCCUGAACUGCCAAGAAACCAGCUGGAAUAAGGUGCUGUGUUUUUGAAAGCUUACAAAUGUUGACUUGAAAGAUGUGGGUAAUUUCGCCACGCUGAACAGCCAUUAUGAAAUUGCAAAUAAAAAACAAAUCGGAUUAUUCCCCCCUAAACACAUAAUUUGGUAACAUAUGAAGAUAUGUAGCUAAUGUAUGUUAUGUGUAGCGUACAACACAAUAAUAAUUGUUGUAAUGUGGUAAAACUACAUUCUAGGCUGAAAAGGACAAUGUAAAUCGUACUCUUUUUACUUUGGUACACUUAACAAAAGUAAAGCAUACAAUACUUUUUACCAAUAUGACACUGCAGGGAAUAUUGUCCUCAGUUGGGAACGGUAUCAUUUUGGAGUCAUUUACUGGGCUCAUAAAAACCUAUAGCAGCCAUUUUUCUUGCUUUAUAUGUGUGUAAAAUAUUUCUUUGGCAGCCCUACACAUUCAUGAAACCCACACAUGAAACAAUUACUGAGAUGGCAUCUUUUGAAGUUGGUCAUCAGAAAAUGAGGGAACUGUGUUUUGCUUUCCUUUACGCAAUAUGUUAACAUUGAAUUUCAGGUAACAUUGUCCUUUCGUUGCAGAAAUGUGGGAAUCCCUUCACAUCUUUCUUGUUUGUUAAAAAGUAAUAAAGACAUUUUUUUUUUUUUCA